UCUCAACGUUUGAGGCAGGUGGCGGCACUCUGCUGGUAGGCUUUCUAUUGUCAGGAGUUGAUUGUGUUCUGUUCGUGGAAACUCAUCGCGGAAACAAGUGUUGUUAUUUGUUGGCUUGGUGGAAUCUUUUAAGGUCUAAGGUAUACCCUUUCCAAUCAGUAUCUACAAAGACAGGCAAGGCUGCAGCAGCUGUGAGUUCCUGUCCAACAUCUGUAUCGUUUCAACCAGAGAGGCUGACAAGAAAAAAAAACAGUUGGUCGAGGCAUUUGUGAGACUUUAAACAUGUGAGCGAAAGGCAUAUGUGCGAGGUUGGAUACAACUGAUUCUGACAUGUGGUGGCAUCUGUAGAUUCUGUUAAGACGUUUACUCAUUACCUUCAUUCCUAGUCUUAAUGAAAUGUUCUACAAGAGAAGAACAUCCCAUGCCCAAAGAACUGACAUCGGUUGAAAGCUCUAAGGCCUUAGAGUCUUCCGGUCGUUUUCUGCCACGGCUGAGCCCGGAGGAGAAGGACCUAGAUGCUUCCCAGUCUUCACAAUUGCUGCAAAGCCUGAGGCGACCAGCGCCGGGAUCGUCUUCUAAACUGUCAGCUUCUUUCGCAGAGAUGGUUGGACUACAAGAUAAUGAGAAGAGGAUGGACAGGAAGGCUAUGGCUAGACGCCAGCUGCUUGGAGGGCUAAAGCCCUCUGUCUCUCAGGAUCAUGGUCUGGGUAGGGGUGUGCGCAGGACACAAAGUCUCAACUAUGGUCCCCAUGCGGGAAAUAAUAUUUCAAACGGUGGUGGGCCACGGACAGGGCCUUCGGAGCAUGGUAAAAUUUCAUCACCGUCUCCAGAACAACCAUCAAAGCGUCAGUUGAGACGAACUGGCUCUCUCCGACACACCACAGUCAGUGAUAGAGAAACUCGAGACACAAUACAAAACUGGAACGAACUGGUUCAUGAACUCAACGCCAGUCAUCACUUUCCGUCACGAGACACUCAGGGGCAUUUAGAAAUCGUUUCAGAUUCUUCAGAAAGCCCCUCCACGUUGACACCUGUGAAUAUUAUCAAGCCGAAAGUAGUCACAUUCAACAAUAACGGCAUUCUUCGCCAGCAAAAACAAAAUAAAAAAACAGCCAUAUCGGCCGUUCACAACGUUUUUCCUUCUGGGAUUGGCAUCACAAAGUACCGGCCAAUUACGCCGAAUUUGCUUCACAGCUUGGACAAGAAAAGACAGCCCUCCAAACGCCGUACUCAACAAUGGCUCAAUCAAAUAGAAGUAAACAGACGGGCACAAAUGACUGUUUCCCUCAGAGAUGAACCUAAUCGCGCCCUGUCCAAAUCAACACGUGUGGACAACCCUGACAGCGCUAGUCCCCCUCUUGGGUCAACUUCGGGGAAUAUUUCCAAACCUGGAUACGGAUUUUUAUGAAUCUGUGCAGACUACUACAUCGACUAUUAAGUCAUAUUACAACGAGUCACGGAAUGGCCAUUUUCAUAAACAUCGUGCCAUAAUUUUCCCCCCAAAAAACCCUCAGUGUCAAAAGGAGAUAUAUAUUUUGCCACAGCAAACGCUGUUCUUAGUAUAUUCCGCAACGAGUCCAGCAUUUCUAUUUACCUGGCACGGCCUUUCUGUUUAAAAUGAACGUAUGUAACUGAAAAGGUAUUGGCUUCUGUCAACCAUAAACCAUACACAGUUGAGCACACGUCGGUAAGACUCGAUGAAAUACUUCCUCUUCAUGUAACGCGGUGUUCGAGAUUUUGUUGAGUUUCAGACAUGGGUACAACAAAACAUAUAAUGGUGAAGGAUUAUUAUAGAAUUUAUGACUGUGUCUUUUUUACUAUACUUUAAUGACACUAUGUUUUAAUAGUAAUUGUUUGAGAGGAGUCGCUCAUUAUAGCUUAUUAACUUUAUUAAGUACGGCAAGUUCGGCCCCAUGUAAUAAUUGUUCUGUAAAAAUAGUUUACGCAACGUUAGUUUUAACAUUUCCUUAUUGACAGGUCAAUAGCAUCCAUUAAUACUUCAAUGAAGAGAAGUCUUUGGCCUUUUAAAAAUAUAUCUAAAAGAAAAAAACUCAAGCCCCUUCAGAAUAUUGAACAGAAAAGCAUGUUUUUUAAAUGUUAAUUAAGAUUUUAUAGCCUAAUUUCCCCCAUAAUAUACAACUCAUAUCAAGCUCCAUACUGUAUCGUUUUUUUUUUCAUUUAAAAAAUUGAUUUCUAUUCUAUAAUGUCUUCAACCUUUGAAAAGAAAGAUGAGGUUAUGAUUCCAGAAAUGUUAUUCCAAAAACUUGGAAGUUUCUAAGAACUAGAGUUUUAUGGCCGGCCUGGUACAAAAUAUGGCUGAAAAAGAUGUUUACCUUUUAUAGUCUCCUCGUCAGCCUCCAAAACAAAAAAGAGGGGUGAAAAAGGAUUGUUUGUACUUUUAUUAUCGACUUUGCAAUAUCGUAGCCUGUCUCUCUUCAGAAGUCGAGAAUAAUAAACCUGUGAACCUGUCGGAUGGUAUGUGUGUCCUUAGUGGCAAAGAAACGAAACUGGCGAGCUCUGGGGUCCUCCAGCGUCAUUGUAUGUCGUGUAUGGCAAUGACUACGCACUAAGGCUGGUUGAUUCUCUUUAAAAACAGUACAACAACAUUAUAUUAAGUUUAUUUAUUCUUCGCUCCACUAUCUUCUCUACCUUAACACCGCCACCAUUCCCUCUUUCUGUGUGUGCAUGAGCGUGUGUUUGUAUUUGUGUACAUGCUCGUGUGUGAGAGCGUAUACACGCGCGUGUCUCAGUGCCAGCAAGCAUAGAAAUUAUUAUUUUGUCAAUGUUUGAUUUUAGUAUACAUUCCCGUAGGAAUGAUAACAGUAUAUGUACACCAAUUGGGAUAUUGUGCAAGUCGGUUCGAAGAUGCAUUGUUACAAGAAUGCUUGAUCUAUUGAUGACAAUAAAGACAAACUACAGCAUUUUGAAA